GUCGCAAUGAUAUUUUAUGAGAAAGUAUGGAAAUAAGAUAAAAAAAAUGGAUUAAAAAUAUUUGCGAAUUUUUGAAAAAUGUAAAAAACCUAAUAAUAGCAUUAUUAAAGCAUUUACCGCUACAAACGAUCACAAAAAUCUAAUCAGCGGCCAUAGAAAGAUAACGCCUUAAGAAAGACAUUUCUUGAUGUAAACGGAAAUUUAUUCGCUUAUUACGCAGACGUACACAAAGAAAGAUUGUCAUCAGGACUAUUGCAGAAAUGUUUGUGGGAAAAUAAUGAGGCAAAAGUGAAAAAUGUUUCGAUUGUUCUGUAUUAAUAAGAGAUUGAGGCGGUAGACAUAUGCGUUCCCGUAUGUAUAUGGAUCAGUUGUAAUUAGUAUACUGAUGAGUUAACAAUGAAUCCAGCAUGCAGAAUUUCGCUCUAGAAAAUAUCGGAAUGGUGUCCAAAGUGUCCAGUGUUGCGAUAUCAGUUUUCCUGUUAUUCCUUUGCACACCUUUUGAAGUCAGAUCGGACAAUGUUCAAGAGCGCGGCCCGAUCCUGUUUCCAAGAAAUGAGGGAGACGAGGAAGCAGAUGGUAAUACAAGCAACGUAGUAAGAGUAUCUAAAAAUGAUAUCGCCGUAGUCGAGGCAACAACUUACCAAAAAGUCAAAAAGAAACACGCAAUCCAUGAUAACACUGCUCAGAUGAAGAAAAACUACGCAUUCUCGUACAACGUAGUAGACAGUGCGACAGGUGACGACUUCUCCCAUUCGCAAGUACAUACUGCUCAAAAAACCAAAGGCGAAUAUCGAGUAAAAUUACCGGAUGGCAGGGUACAGAUUGUCAAGUACACAGCUGAUAAAAACGGAUAUAAGGCUGAUGUCAGGUACGAAGAAGGUGGAUCUGCCAAAACUUUGCACGAGGAGUCGAACGGCCAUCCGAACAAAAUUCCAAUGACGGCGACGGUUCAAUUACAAUUAUUACCGUCAAACUCUAUCCAUCGAGCAUACUAUCAAGAUGCUAGAAGGACUGACACUGGUAGCAGUUUCACAACGGCACAUCCAAGCGUAUCACGUCCAACGCAUGUUCCGGCUUACCAUCCAGUUCAACUGCAUGGUCUUGGGGCACACAAAGGACGUCAAGACGAGCAGCUAUUUAACUGGACUACCUAUCGACAUUUUUAUUACCAGCAACUUUUCGAAGCAACAAAAUAUGAAAGUCUCAUUAUUAUCAAAAUUCGUAGAAAUGAACAAUCAUUUAAUGAUAUAGCUGAUCAUGAUUUCUGUUACAACGAAAAGAACCCCUCUAGUCGAAACACAAUCGGCGGCUUAAUUACUCACAAGCAAAAAGGUGGCAGAUCGUUUGGAUGUCGAGAUGUACACUUCCAAUGCUAAAGACUACCGAAUGAGGUACUAUCCGAUUCCAAGAAACGCUCCAUCCUUGCAUCAUACGGAGCUUAAAGAAUAUCCAAACAUCGUGAUAUCUCCGGAUGUUAUCAGCUACGCUGAGAGCGGCAUAGUGAUUCCAGUGACCAACCACAAUGAUAACAAUUUGGUAGAGUUUGUGGCCACACCCACGCCUGUGCCGACCCCAACACCUACCGCAUUCCUGGUAUUGGACCAUCAUGGACAGAUAGUGGAUACCUACCGUUUAGUAGCACCAUCUACAGCAGCGUCAUCUGUGGCUAGCUGAUUUAUAAUCCAGCCACUAUUAUAAUAAUAAGAUUGGGUUGCACCAAAUAAUAAACAUCAAGCUCAGUGCACAUGUGUAUAAAGGUUCAUUUUACAAAAUAUAUUUAAAACAUGAAUGAAAAACAUUGUUACAGAAACAUAAAC